AUGGCACCAAAGCGCAGAGUUACUGAAGAUUCGGUUUACUUGCCACCAAAGAAGCUUCGUACAGGUGCUGCGGAGGUCAAGACACCUGACCCCGACUACGCUUCGGACGAUUCUGGCGACUACAAGGUCAAUUACACGGACAAUGGGACCCUGAGGGCGGAGAGCGAGGCCCGACGCCAAUGGAACUAUGUUUGCCCUACGUGUGCCCAGCGCUUCAACAGACCGUGUCGCCUCGAAACGCAUAUGCGAAGUCACAACAAGGAGCGCCCAUUUGCCUGUGUCGAACCGGGAUGCGACAAGACGUUUCCGCGCAAAGACCACCUGCAACGUCACCUCAAGAAUGCCCAUAGCGACCCGGCCACCGAGCGAACCUUCGUAUGCGACUGGAACGGGUGUGGGAAGAGUUUCACCUCCAAUGGACGGCUACAGAGGCAUCGGGACGUUCACGGAUCCAAGUUCUACUGCACUGAAUACCCACCAUGCAAUGAAGCUUUUAGGAAGGCAAAGGCGCUGGAGGCGCAUGUCAAGAGUCAGCAUCUAGAGAUCAAGCCGUACGCUUGCGCUCAUGUGGAUGAAGAAACAGGCGAGAAGUGCACAAGCGGGUUCCAAACCGAGGGUGCCUUGCGACGCCACAUGGAAAGGGCGCAUGUUGAUACUCGAGAGCAGGGUCACUUUUGCAUGCUGUGCAUGGCCGCCAAUAACGAGGCGAAAACGGCAGCGACCGAGUCUGACGAUACCUUCAAUCCACCAUCUUUCGCGACAAAAGAAGAGCUUGAAGCGCACACAACCGAAUGUCACCCACCUGUAUGCGCCCAGUGUGGCCAACAGUUCAAGAGCGCAUCCACACUCAAGACGCACUUUGACAACGUGCACGGCGAUCCGCAAAACCAACCACAGUACCCUUGCCCAAGACUAGGCUGCGACAGUAUCUUCAAUCGCAAGCACAACCUCAGCGUACACAUCCAGACUGUUCACGACAAGCAGUUCAGGUACUCUUGUACAUCGAACGCUCUCCAGAACUCGAAACACGCAGAUCUCAAGGCCUGGAACGGAGAAAACGCAUGCGGUGCUUCGUUCAAAGCCAAGUCAUCCCUCGACCAACAUGUCCGGACACAUCACCUUGGCCUUGGUAACCGCAAGGAACUCCGAAAGGCCGCCAAAUCGAAGAAGAAGCCAGAGCCAUCCAUGCUUACUAUGCUUACCGGUGUGGGCUACGAGCAAGGCCGCGACGUACCUUGUCUGGUCAAGACAUGCGAGUACCGUUUCUACAUGGACCGCGAUCUACGCCGUCACUUGCGCGCAGAGCACAACAUUCCCGAGGACGAGGUAGAAGAGCUGAUUCAAGAGAGAGACGCUGUCAGCGGAGGACAGUUCUGGAUUGGUGGCUUCGACGAUUCAAUGAACAUGUUCGACUCUGCUACGCCUAGCAUGCCGGAGACGCCCGCCCCGUACUUUACAGAAGGUGCGCCCACAUUGCCUUAUCCUGAUACGAAGAGUUCGGAUCUCCCACAUUGCUUCUUCGACCAGCAAUUCGAUCAUCUUUCGCUGCUCAACGAACAAGCGGAGUUGGAUAUGCAGAUGGGGUUGGGCAACUUGCCUCCGCCUGUAGAUCCUCACGGUGGUGUUCACUGGGACAUGCUUGCGCCGGUUGAGCAGUACAACAGCGACCCUAUCCUUCGCUAA